AAUUAAAUUUUAUUAUUUAGUAAUAAUAAUAACUGACAAUUAAUCUGCAGUACUAGAAUGGAUAAUUAUUUUGAAAAUUGAAGUUAAAUUUGAAAUAUAAAAUAUAUCCACCAACCCACCACACACACACAGCAGUUGGUGGCGUGUACGUGUUGAUUGUACGGUUGAAUGAAUAAAAUUAACAACAACAACAAGGAAAACUCUUGGUUAGGUUUUCCUCGCCCAACAGAAAAAAAUUUCAAAAAAAUACACAAUAAGCUUGUGGUUCAAGGCAUAGAAGAGAGGAAGAAAAAACGGGCGAAUGCAUGAGAAAAUCUUAUGAAAAUAUUCGUAAACGGAAAAUUGGUGUUGUAUACAAAACAAGUAAAACCUGUUGGCGUUGGUGUUUUGUGACCUCCACUCGCCGUAUACACUGUGAGCACUCCAAAAAAGGCCUGAAACAAAGUGGUGGCGAUAUCAACAAAGCAAAUAACACAACAGAACAUUUCUAUUCCACAUAGAGUGGUAAAGUCGGGAGCCGCAUCAGUCGUUUCCAAUAACUGCAGCAACGCUUUGACCAAGGCAACAAAAGCGGCAUUUCAACUCCAACAAAACAAGAAAAAAAAAAAACAAAGAGAAAGAACCAAAAAAAAAAAAUUAAAAUUAGUUUACUUUCUAAAAAAAAUAUACAAAAAUUUUAAACAAAAGUUCGGUUGUCAAUAAAUUGAAAUUGCAGCGGCCAGAGCCCAAGGAAUUACAAAAUACGACGAUAAACUAUAAUAAUAACAACAACAACAACCACAUUUACAACGACAACGACCACAAUAACAGCAGCAACAUUAAAGCAUCAUGACACGCCUCACGGAAGAAAUGGUCAUUGCGCGAUCCAAACAAUCGGAUCUAAGCUCAAUUAAAAAACUUAAUUGUUGGGGAAGUGAUCUCAGUGAUGUUUCCAUUAUAAAACGUAUGCGUGGUGUGGAAGUGUUGGCGUUAAGUGUCAACAAAAUCAGUACCCUACAGCCAUUCGAAGACUGCCUGAAAUUACAGGAAUUAUAUUUACGUAAGAAUAAUAUACAGGACCUAAAUGAAAUUGCCUAUCUGCAAAAUCUGCCCAACUUGAAAUAUUUGUGGUUGGAGGAGAAUCCAUGCUGUGAUCGUGUUGGACCAGGAUACCGUGCCGUUGUUUUGCGUGCUUUGCCAAAUCUUAAAAAAUUAGAUAAUAUUGAAGUUACACAGGAGGAGGUGGAUGAGGCUCUACGCUCUGGCAGUGGGGGCGGUGGAGGAGGUGGCGUUGCCGUUGAGGAUGAUACAUAUGAGGAUGCUUAUGAACAACAGCAGCAGCAACAGCAACAACAGUUGUACGAACAACAACAGCAACAGUAUCAACAGCAACAACAACAGCAGCAGCAACAACAAAGGCAAUCACAAGCACAACAACCACCUCAGCCUCAAUAUCGAAGAAGUUCCAGUCCCCAAAAAGAGGUAGGUCAAAAACCUGCUCAACUAACGAGUCCUGCCACAACAGAAGAAAGUGUAAGCGAAACGAAUGCCAAUGCAAAUGGUUCAUCAUCGAAAGCCUCAACGCCCUCUCAGGAACAACUACUACACUCACCAUCGCCAAAAUAUAAUUCGACACCAAAAGAAAAUCGUUUAUCGUAUCAACAGUAUGAUAGGUCGCCUGAUACAGAUCAGGAAAGUCCACAUGGUGGAGGGUUUCGUGAGAGAGCUCCCAUACCACCCAGUGCUUCUACGCAUUCCAUGAAGGAAUAUUAUCAAUCAGAUCGACCCUCAUAUCCAGCACACUAUCGCCAUAGUCAGUCCGAUUUAACCGAAUGGGAUGAACACCAUCAACCACAUCACAAUACUCAAAAUCCCUAUGGCAGUACAGCGGCCUUACAUCAUGCAGGUGCCAGACGUAGUGCUGGCACUGAGCGUCCGGAGCCAGUAGAUCGUUAUGCCUAUAGAAAUGGUCGUGAGAACGGUGAUUGGGAAGAUGAAAGACCACGACCGAGACGACCCGAUGGACGUUAUGCUGACUCAGCCAGUACAGUAUCGACAGCAGUGCUGAAUCAUUAUUCCGGCUACCAUCGGAGACCUAUUAACAGAAGUUCCAAUCUAUUAUCGGCGACUUUGUGUUUGGUGAAAGAACUCGACUAUCCCAGUCUGGAAGUGGUGGAACAUGCCGUGCGUUGCCGCAUCGAUGAGUUGGCAGCCGAAUGAUGAUGAAUACGGGCCUCCUAUUAAUGCAAUGGGAAUUGUUGUCCAACUAGAAAUCUGCAUCCGCAAUAACUCAACAUUUCGAAUAAAUUUCUACUUUAAUUUGCCUGUUUUCUACACCUAGCAAUGGAGCUUUUUUUAACUUAAAUUUAAUUUCUUAUGAAUUUAAUUCAAUUUAACAUAAAAUCAUCCUAAUGAAGAAAUCAUAAUUCCCUAACAAGAAAGAAGCAUAAUUGUUAUUAAUUUAUAGUUAAAAACACAAACACACACACACACAUCAUUUUGUAUAAUUAGAAAUGUGUACCAUUUAAUAAAUUUUUGUUUAAUAUUUAUCAUAUAAACUUAACAUAAGAAAAAAAAACAAAACACAACAACAAUAAAAAAUAAAAAUAACUUAGGUAGAAUUACUAAAGGAAUUCAAAUAGGAAUUUGAAUUCGAAACAACAGAAACGGAAAUGGAAAUGAAAGUGGAAUUAGUAGGAGCAAAGGAAGGGAAUCAGCCGAAAAAAGACAAACAUUGCUUUAACUAAUGACGAUGUACUUAUGUUUUUAAUUAAGAAAUUGUCUAUAUUUUUAAAUUAAUUUUUUUUUAUACAUACAAAUGAACAAAGAAAUUAGACAACAGAUUGUAAACCGACACAAAAGAAGCAGUUCAACAAAUAGCCUAACUUUAGCUGUAACCACGAACAAAUACAAGAACGAGGAAAAAAACCACUUAAACCAACGGCUUGCCAAUUAUGUAACAAACAAAUACAACUAAACAAUUUACACAAUUUUUUUAAAAUAUAAAAAUAUAUAUGUACAAUAUAUAUUGAAAAUAACAACAAAUAGCAUUAACUAAACUAAUACAAAAAUCGUCUGUCUUUUCAACAACCGAUGAGUACGGGGGCUAAUGCAAUAAGUACAUUUAAAUAAAAUAUACUCGAAUAUUGAAUUAAUUUAAAAAAAAAAAGAAUUAUUUUCUCAAUUUGUUUGUUUGUUUGAAUACUCUCAACUGCUGGAAUUUAUCUGUUAUGUUAUAGCUUUUCUAUUUUUUUUUAUAUUUUAUAUACAAAUAUUCUAAAGCUGUUAUAACUUAAUAUCAAUUUUUUGUAUCUUUUUAAUUUUUUGAAAAUCAUUUGCUUUUGGAGCACAAUACGAUCGAAUUUCUUUUUUUUAAAUCUAAGUAUGAAAGUAGAGCAUUAAAAACCAAAAUUGAUCGUUUUUGUGUAUAUUGUAUAUAAGAGCCUAGUAUGGAAAAAUUUUGUUUAUUUUAUAUACUCUUCAAACGUCCAAUAAACCGGAAAACAACAACAACAACAACUUACAAACAA